ACGGGGGGGACACGAAGAGCGCGUGCCGGGCACGCGGGGCUCGUUCGCGUAACGGGAGGUGGGCCGGGGACAGCGGGGCCCGGACUCGGUGCUUGUUUACGCCGCCGCUCUCGGCAACGUUUCUGGGAAAUGGCGCAAGGCAGGAACAGCGCCCGCGCCUGCCCCCGGGGCCGGAGGCGCCCCCGCGCCUAUAUAGCCCGGCCCGGCCGGGGGGCCCGCGGCCCGGCUGCGCGGCGGUCACCCGGCGGGACAGGCACCGCGUAGGCAGAGGAGACUACAACACUACAUUACGGGACUUAUUUAUUGACAUAUAUUUUGGAAUGAAGUAGAAAGCAACACAGAAAAGGUGCAAUUAUUUAUAAGUAAUGACAGUUCAUUUAUCCUUGGACACUUAUUUAUUCUUUUUGAUUAACCCCAAAAAUCUUUGGUGGAAGCAGAGAAACAAAUACCUGUGUUUCUGUAGACCUAAAGCCUACUGGAGGAUAAAUCAUGCUGCACACCUGAGAGAUUUUCAUACAAGUGGGCCUUGGUGUAAGUGGGCCAGAAGCAGAACAUUUUGGUAUAACAAGUACAUUUAUAGCCAUGAGUUUUUAUAUUACAGAGUUUCCAAACUUUUAAUUUCUUCUUCUAAAGGACUUACAAGGGUGAGCAUUCGCAUGUCACGAAUUAAGAAUACUAUAGAAUCUGUUUCAAAGGCAGUAUCUGGCACUCACAGUGAACUGGUGUCACGGAUAGCUCGAUUAAAGUCCCACUCAGGUACUUUGGGUAAAGCAAAUAAAAGUAGUGCAGAUGCAAAUAACAUUAGCACAAAUCUAGAAAAUGAUAAACAAGUUACAGAUGUCAGAACUCAGGACGAUUGCAACAGAGGCCCAGCUGCUAAGAAAUCCACUUGUGCAAGUGAAAACUUGGAAUCUGUAUUAGUAAGUUCAAGUGGCACUCCUCAAGAUACUCCAGAAGUUUCAACAUCUAGUAAAAACCACCUUUUUCAUAUAAGCUACUUUUCUACAAAUUUUGGAGAGACUUACAACUUCAUAGCUGAUCACAUCAACUCUUAUUUUAAUAAUUCUGUUAUGGAACAACGAAGAAAAAGGAAUGCUUUAUUGCAGGACUCUCAAAGUGAGGAGAGGAAUAAGCUUGAUUCGUCAGCAAAGACUGUAACAAGUGAAGAAAAGAGAGCGGAAUCAGCAGGUACUUUAGCUACUGAAGCAAAGACCUUGGAUACAGAAAAGACAAAUACUUCUGUCCCAGUUUCCACUAAAAAAAGUAUUGCAAACUUUCUUUCAUAUCCCAGUAACAGCGUACAAGCUUUUGUAGACAGCUAUAUUGGUGGAUUGGUUCCAAAGUUAAGAUCUGAUACAAAAGUUGUUUCACCAGAAAAGAGUAAACAGCAAGAACAAGAAGUGUCUGAGAAGAGUGAUGAGGACAAAGCAAAAGAGGCCAGGACUGCAGAAGAGAGAGAAAAGCAUCUGUCUCUUCAGAGAGAAAAGAUCAUUGCAAGAGUGAGUAUUGAUAACAGGACCCGAGCUUUAGUUCAAGCCCUACGGAGAUCCUCUAAUCAAAGAGUCUGCAUCAACAGGGUUGAAGAGCUGACCUAUCAUCUUCUAGAAUUUCCAGAGAGCAGAGGAGUUGCAAUUAAGGAAAAAUUAAUCCCAUGCCUGUUGCGACUGAGACAGGCUAAUGAUGAAAGUCUUCAGGCUGCUGUUAGAGAAACUUUAGCUCUGAUUGGAUAUACAGACCCUGUGAAAGGCUGGGGAAUUCGAAUCCUCAGCAUUGAUGGAGGAGGAACAAGGGGUUUAGUUGCACUUCAGACUCUACGGAAACUAGAAGAAUUAACUGGAAAGCCGGUUCAUCAGCUUUUUGACUACAUCUGUGGCGUAAGCACAGGAGCUAUAUUGGCUUUUAUGUUGGGGUUGUUCCAUAUCCCCCUGGAUGAUUGUGAAGAACUGUACCAUAAGUUAGGAUCAGAUGUUUUUAAGCAGAAUGUCAUUGUUGGAACAGUCAAAAUGGGCUGGAACCACGCAUUUUAUGACAGUGAUAUAUGGGAAAAAAUGCUCAAAGAAAAAAUGGGCUCAAAUCUUAUGAUUGAAACUGCAAGAAAGUCCAAAUGCCCAAAGGUAGCUGCAGUAAGCACCAUUGUAAACAGAGGAACACCACUGAAAGCAUUUGUGUUCAGAAACUACAACCACCUUCCUGGUGUUAAGUCCCAUUAUAUUGGAGGCUGUCACUAUAAGCUGUGGCAAGCAAUUAGAGCAUCAUCUGCUGCGCCAGGUUACUUCCAGGAAUAUGUUUUGGGAGGUGAUCUUCAUCAGGAUGGAGGUUUGCUCCUAAAUAAUCCUUCUGCACUGGCAGUUCAUGAGUGCAAGUGUCUCUGGCCAAAUGUUCCAUUGCAGUGUCUGAUUUCGCUGGGCACUGGUCGAUAUGAAAGCGAGGUAAAGACCAACGUCACACACACCAGUCUGAAAGCCAAACUGACGAAUGUUAUCAACAGUGCAACUGAUACAGAAGAAGUUCACACCAUGCUGGAUGCACUGUUACCUCCAGAUACAUACUUCAGAUUUAACCCUCUAAUGAAUGAAGACAUACCUCUAGAUGAAAGCCGUAAAGAGAAACUCAGUCAGCUGCAGACAGAUGGAAUUCGUUAUUUAGAACGAAAUGAAGAAAAACUGAGAAAAGCUGCAAAAAUACUAACACAAGAAAAAUCAGCUUUGCAGAAGGUUCAGGACUGGAUAAGAUUAAAAGCUGACAUGUAUGAAGGCUUGCCGUUUCUUUCCAAAUUGUGAAUAAGUAAUGCAUGAAAGAUAAAUGUAGAUCUUGUUCCAGGAAAUCCAUUUGGUACUGUAAAGGAAGAACAUUGAUUCAGGGUAAAUAACAUAUUUGGAAAGCUGUCAGAAUUCUGGAGGAAGCCAUUCAGGAUGGCUGUUUUGUGUACACUUGUUACAAGGUUUUUGAAUCUUACUCUUGCUCUACUUUAAUUUCUGAAAGUCGGUAAAACUGAGAAUUAUGGAAACAAUUGUGCAAUGCAUUUUUGGAUGUAUGUACUAUGAUUACGGUGGCAGAAAACCUUUAUUUAUCAACUACCAGGCUUAUUCAAAGUUAAAAAAAAUUAAAUCCUCAUUCACUUAAGUGUAGGCUAUAUACCUGUUAGGCUCUUAUGUAGGCAGUGAAUUUAAUGGAAAUGUAAUGUUCUUGCAAAAACUCUGCCUGUGUUAAUUGCACUUUUACAUCUGAAAGAUAACAUUUAAAUUUGUUUUUUUAUUUUAGUGGAUUUUGUACAUAACAGUAUUGAGUAAAAUGUUUGGAUGACUAUAAAUGGCCUAUUAAAUUAUCAACAUUAACUGGUAUUUUUAGAACUUUCUGCUUAUUGCUUUUAUGGGAAUAACUUCAGAUUGAUUAAUUCAUUAUUUGAAAGUAAUCCUAAGCCCCAAAACUUCACUUGAGCAACUAUUCCAGUUACAGCAUAAAGGAAAUAAAAUAUUGCAGUAGUUCGUAUGAAUGAGAAAGUUUCUUAGACAAACUUCAGUUUUGGGCGCCAGACUUGAGGUAUAGUUCUAGCGAAGAAGAAAAUUAGAAGUUGCUGCAUCAAAUUAUAUUAAUUUCCUUUUUGUCUUCCAACUUUCAUAUAUGCAUUCUCCUGAAAUUAUGUCAGGGCUGUGAAGUUAACAUUUAGAACUUACUCCAGUCCUAUUGCCCAUUCCUUUGGACAUACUUCCUGCAUAUGCCAUGAGGGAUGCUGUGAGCUUGAAAACCCAGUGUGUCAAACAGCAUUUUCAACAACAGGAAGGUACGCGGGAGUUCUUCAAAACAGUGCCGUGAGAUUUGAGGUAGACA